UACCGCAAACGCCCGCAAAACCGUCGCCGCCGAAAAAUAACAAUCCUCAUCAUCAGCUGCCUGCCAUCCAUCCGCCGAAACAGCACAAUGGGUCACAUCACAUGAUGAACAACGGAACGUUUCCGAUGCAACAAUUGGCGCAACAUCAUCAGCAAAUUGCCGGAAGGCAUAGCAGCUGGGAGCCGGGACGCAUUGGCGUGGAACAUUUGGCUGGAGCACUUAGUCCGCUCUGUAUCACCGAUGCAAAUCACGAAAUUGUUCGACCGAAGCCGAGGAGACCUUCUGGCAAUCCUCGCGGCGACAUCCCCAACUACAAACCCCAAAAUCAAAAUGGCUCAGCGCCCAUUUCUCCCGGAAUGCAUCAAAUUGCGACAUCAAAUCCCGUUUCCGCAACCAACCGCAUUCAAAGUCCCCUAAUUGCUACUCCUGCAAAACUCAAAUCUCCCAUUAGUCCUCCGAAUGAAUCGCCAAAACAACAUUUUUCCCCGAUCAACCAAAAACCCGAAUCUGCCGAAAUGAAGGGAAAAAUUCCUCCCGCACCAAAAAUGCCCGAAACAAAGCCCGGAAAUGUUUAUAUCGCCAACAGCGUGAAUGCAAGAAGAGAAUCUCCCGCUGUCGAACCGAAAGCAACGCCUUGCCAAAAAGCGAUCGUCGGAAAAGUUGCGUCAGUAGACAUUCAACUGAUGCGUGGCUUGGCGAAAAUUCAAAGUUCAAAUCCGACACGAAUUACGGUGCAAAGUCAACCUGUAAAAGCGCAACCGGCAAUGAUUAGUUCAGGUUUGGAUAAAAUCAACGAGGAAAAAGGCGUAAAAGGCGAAGCGAAUGUCUUGGAUAAAGAAGAGGAAAAAAAUGGCAAAAGUUCACCGAAUCAAAAUGGAUUGCCAACGGCAAAAACUCCCAUUACCCGAACGCAUCAUCAUAACGGCGCUCACGAUUUCCCGAGAUUACAACGCGUUCAAGAGUGUCACAGUUCUUCGGACGAAAAUCGAUCUUCGGGACACGCCAGCAUGUCAGAUGGGCAUGGAAGUAGUUCUCCGGGCGGCGGAAUUCCCCUGAAUUCGGUUCCAGAAACCGAGAGACUUGCAGCUGGCGUCACGAAUCGCAGCCAACGAUCAAAAACGAGCAACGGACAUCCUCGAGCGCGGCAUAGAGGGACUCCAGCGAAGAUUCCAUGGGCCGGCGGAGGCUUGGAAGACAUCAAAGCGGCAAUUCAACAGUUGACGAUGCGAUCGCAGACAAGUACAAGUACCUAUAGUAGUUUAAGUGCGGGCUCCGAAAGUUCAGUAGAGCCCGUAAGACGACUUGCGCGAUACUCGUCGAUGGAAACAAUCAACACGAAUGUCACUUCUGCUGAUGAAUUUGUGUGGGUUGACUCGCAUAAUCGCCUCGUCGAGUUACAACAUCCGCCUUGGAGUCAACAUUGCGUCAUGCGAGUUAUCAAAUCAGGUCGAUGUCGCGAACAUGCUGAAAGAAUUUCCGUCGAAGCGAUUCCUCGUUUGGGAUAUUUGCUUCAAAGAGCACUUGUUCGAGUUGCUCGCGAAAUUCAGAGACUUUCAGGCGGGCUGGGAUUAUGUGCGAAACAUGAAGUUGCGAGUGCCUUUAAAAUCGUCCUUUGCCCCGCGUUGGCGGAUUCUUGCAUCAAAACUUGUCUUCGGGCAGCGGCGAUGUUUCAAGUUCCCGGCGAUGGCGCCAUAAAACAGAGUAAAAGUGCAAGAGCAGGCCUUCAACUCCCCGUUGGCAGAUUUCAUCGAUGGAUGGUCGAUGCGAGAUUGGGUCGUUUUGUGCACGAAUAUGCGGCGGUUUAUUUGUGUGCCGGCAUGGAAAAUUUAUUGGAGGAAAUUUUGUUGCAAUGUUUGCCGCAAGAUGCAAAUUCGCCGCUCACAGCGACGGGAUUGGAACAUGCGAUUGCUGGUUCGGGCGAUUUGUGGGGAUUACUUCAGCCGUAUGCGCAUCUAAAUGCGGGGAGAAUCGCUUCGGGAGCAUUGACGAUGCCAAGAUGGGCAAGUCAAAGUUCGAUAGGAUCGGGAUCGGGAGGUUCAGCGUCGCAUAACGGAAAUAGUCCCGGGUUAGAGCCGUGUUUGUUAACGACUUGCGUGGGGAGUUUGAAUGAACUGAAAGACUUGGUUGUAAGAGCGCAGCAAAGAAGUCAACAUAUAACGCUGUCACAUGGUGCCUUGCGAGCGUUGUUUUAUUUUAUGCGGUGUUCGCAGUUGGAGCAUAAUGAAGGCAACAAUUCAAGCAACUCAAGCAACGUACAAGAGUUAUGUUACGAAAGAGCGUAUGUUGUUCUUCCUCCUCUUGUUGAAUGGUUACGAGUUGCUUCUGCUCACGCUGAAUAUCGACACGCCAUCCUAAUUGACAAAGACGACAUCAUGCAAGCAGCUCGAUUGUUACUUCCAGGCGUCGAUUGCCCUCCAAGACCCAUUGUUAGCGAAGAAGACUUACCCUCAAAACGUCAAAAUAUCAUUUUAAGCCAUUCCAGCUCGAAUCAAGGAUCGUUAACGUCAAAUUCUUCAACGGGAUCCACGAGUAUCGAGGAAUCAAGUGAAUGCGGAAAAAGAGCAACAUUAGCUUUGGCAUUUAAAUUAAUGCUUUCCGGAAGACCUGAAUUACUUAUUCAAGCGUUGUCGAUAGUUCCUCCAACAACAAGAUACGACACAAUUAACCACCAAGGACUGACUCCUCUCAUGAUCGCCGCCUUACGAAAUGACGAAGGAGCAAUUCAAACACUUCUCGAUGCCGGCGCAGAUCCAAAUAUCGAAGUCCCUUCCGCCGCAAAUCAAAAUUAUCCCGCAGUUCAUCCCGAAACGCAACAUUGGACUGCCGUCACGUUCGCCGCAUGUCGCGGAAAUUACAAUGCCACGAGAAUUCUCAUCGAACGCGGCGCUCGAGUUGAAGGAGGAGCACGGUUAAGUGACGAAAAAUGCACAAUAACUCCCUUGCAAGCUGCUUCCGGUAGCAUGAGUGUCGAUAUUGUCGCCUUUUUACUCUCGCAUGGGGCUCAAGCAUUCUUAUCGACACAGCAAAAGGACACUUUAUGCUUCGCGGGAACUGCUCAACGAGGUAGUUACAGUGCAAUAAGCGUAGCUGCGGCUCACGGACAACGUCAAGUACUCCGAAAAUUAUUGUCUCAUCCUUUGACGCCCGGAAAACGUGAAGUUUUAUCGCUCGAAGAGAUGUUAGCGGAAGGCGAUAAUGGUCGAGAUCGCGCAAAUGACUCACCAACGUUGAAUAAAACGCAAAUUAAGUCGCUGCAAGAGGCAAUGUAUCACAGCGCGGAAAAUAAUCAUCUCGAUAUUACGCUUGAAUUGCGAUCUUUGGGCGUUGCAUGGACUUUGCAUUGUUGGAUGCAUGCUUUGGCGGCGGCACAUGAACUGAGAUUGGAUGCUGUUAUUGAUCAGCUUCUUCAGGAUUUCCUCCAAGUGUGCCCCGAUGACUAUAGUCAACAAUUUGUCAUGGAAUGUCUUCCGCUUUUGUUCAAUAUUUUCCGUUAUAGCAAGAAAGAGGGAACGACACUAAUUUUAGCAGAUAUCUUCAGUACUUGUUAUGGAUCAGAGCCUAUUAAACCGAUCAAAGAAUCAGGACUUCAACCGCCAAAUGGAAGCAGAAUUGAUCCUAAAUUUGUAAAUAAUCCAGAAUUGAGUGAUGUGACCUUUAGAGUUGAGGGCAGAAUCUUCUAUGGGCAUAAAAUUGUACUCGUUACCGCUGCGCCACGUCUUCAAAAUAUGCUGAGCUCAAAAAUCAAUGAUGGAACGACGACACCAACGAUUCAAAUAAAUGACAUUCGAUAUCACAUUUUUGAGCUCGUCAUGCAAUUCCUUUACUCCGGCGGUUGCAAUGCUCUCGACGUUGCCACAGAAGACGUUCUUGAACUCAUGGCAGCUGCCAGUUUCUUCCAACUUGACAAACUUUUGCGUUACACGGAGUCACGUUGUGCCGAAAUGGUCGAUAUUGACAACGUUGUUGCCAUGUACAUUCAUGCCAAGGUCUACAACGCCACAAAACUAAUGGAAUAUUGUCAAGGAUUUUUGCUGCAAAAUAUGGUAGCGCUCCUGACUUACGACGAUUCCGUCAAACGUCUCAUGUUUGCGAAGAAAAUUCCCAAUCACGAUGUACUAAAUGGCUUGUUAGCGACGCUACAAAGCAGAAUAAAAGGUAGAAAAUACGUUGGAAGCUCAUCGGGCACGUCGUCGAGCAAUCAUCGGUCACCGAAUGGAGCGAACGGAGCUGUAAAUAAAAAUAAUAAAUCUAAAUAAGUUUUUUUUAUGAGUUUCUUGAACAUGACAAUUUAAAAAUUUUCUCAAUUUUGUAAAAUUUUCUAAGAUAUUAUCUGUAAAAGUUAAGAUUUAUUUAUCACUGUUUGUUUUUUUUUGUAAAAAAUUU